AUGCAGGAGGAAGGCAAUUCUACCAUCUUCGGCUCCUUCUUCCUCACCGGACGUCGGUCGGCGGACACAGAACGUGAACAACUGAUCAGUCUGUCCAGUCCAGCCUUUGAUCAGCCCUUUACAUCAAGACAGGACACCUACGGGUCGUUGGAGGAUAACAGAACGCUUUUGAGGGCAUCCGAUCCCGACAUGGCUAACAUGGUGGUGCGCAAGAACAGAGGUAAGUACUUUAACUUUUUCUUGUAAAUUUAGGUAUGAAUAUUUUGUGAUAUAAAUCAGAGGAUUUAAAGUUGAUUGUAUUGUAAAAAAAUUUGCGUAUUUUACCUUAUAUUAUUGAGAACCUCCGAAGAUUCGCACAGCUUUGAGCACGGGGCAUCUCGAGAACAUGGAUAACUCUUCUGAUUCUUCUUCUGAAGAUUCUUUUGAAUUUCAUGGUGCUUCAACAGCUGCUAAUGCUCAUUCAGCUGUCAUUCACUUGAAUGAUGAGGAUCUCCACAUUUGGGCAUACAAACUAUGUCUUUGGAAGACAAUUCUGAUGUACAUCUUAUCGUUAGCAACGUUGGGUGUUGUGAGACUAUUACUUUACUGGUAUCCAAAGUGGUACGUCUAUUGUACUGCGAACAAAAGUACUAUGGUUGAAAGCGAUUACAUGUUAGUCAGGUAAGGAAUAUUGAUGUGUUUUUAUAAGAUUUUACAAGGCUUUCUUUAAUUAAAAAUUGUGGAUAAGUUUUUUUGAUAAAUUUAAAUGAAAUGCAAGAUAAUGUUGUAUUGUAAUACUUAAAAUCCAUAUUUCAGAGACGAUCAUCAGAAUUUGGCAUUUCGAAAAAUAAAAAUAGCCAAACCACCUUCGAACGACUUUUUAUCUAUGCCGGUGGGGAAAGGAAAGAUGGUUUCAGUGUCGAGUUUGCGGUACUUUACAUACAGAAAACUUUGUUAUGUUUGGCAUCCGACCGAAAGUCGCUUUUCGACCACUGACCAGUUGGAGAACGAUCUGCCAAUUGGCUUUUUCCACGAUUGUUGGGAUGGCCAGAAAGGAUUGACAGAAGCCGAAGUUCAACGAAGACUCACAGUAUACGGAAAGAACUUGAUUGAGGUGAAAUUGAAGCCGAUUGUUGUUUUGUUGUUUAAGGAAGUCAUUUCACCGUUCUACAUCUUUCAAGUUUUUAGGUAAUAUUUUUAAGAUAUUUUAUAUUUUUAUAACUUUUUUUAUAGGUAAUGAAAACGUAGCUUUAUAUGUCUAAUUACUCAAUUUUUAGUGUACUUGUGUGGUACUCAGACGACUACGAGUAUUAUGCAUCGAUUAUCGUACUGAUGUCAGUAUGUUCGAUAGCAUUGGACAUUUAUCAGAUAAGAAAACAAGAAAAGAAGCUGCGAUCAAUGGUACAUAGUGAAGACGUUGUAGAAGUGAUUAGAGAUAAUGGAAAGGUCAAACAAGUAUCUUCAUCUGCUGUAAGUUGUUUUAUUUGAUUUGUGUUUUACUUUUAGGGCUAAAGCAAAAUUAUUAAAAUUGAUAAUUAGUACAAAACUUAAUUUCAGUUGGUACCAGGAGACAUUAUUCUUAUCCCUCCUCGUGGCUGUAUCUUACAAUGUGACGCCGUACUCAUGAACGGAACAGUAAUCCUCAACGAAUCUAUGUUAACUGGAGAGUCAGUACCAGUCACAAAAGUUGCCCUACCAGAACCAGAAGAUGACAAACAUAGACAACAUGAAUUCUCGUUGAAAGAACAUUCCAAGCACAUCCUGUUUUGUGGUACUUCCGUGCUACAGACUCGAUUCUAUGGUGGCAAGCCAGUCCAGGCCAUCGUUCUUCGUACAGCGUAUCUUACCCUCAAAGGACAGUUGGUCCGGUCGAUUAUGUACCCAAAACCAGUCGAUUUCCGCUUCACAAAGGAUCUUUUCCGCUUUGUAGGCUUCUUAUCAAUGAUUGCGAUGGUCGGAUUUGGCUACACUGUCGCUGUGAUGAUCAUGAGAGGCUCAGCGAUCAAGAAGAUCAUCCUCAGAUCUCUAGAUAUCAUCACAAUUGUUGUACCACCAGCCCUGCCAGCCGCCAUGAGUAUUGGUAUCUUUGCAGCACAGAUGAGGUUGAGAGCCAAACAAAUCUUCUGUAUCUCACCAUCUACUAUCAACACGUGUGGAGCCAUCAAUGUGGUGUGUUUUGACAAAACUGGCACGUUGACUGAAGAUGGUCUUGACUUUCAUUGCCUUAGGGCAGUCUACGAAGAGCCACGACAGAUUCAAGCAGUUCGAGAGACAGCUCAUGAGCCGGUGUUUGGAGAUGAACUCUUCGAGUUCCAUCAAGAUGAACUUCCUCACAAUGGAGAACUUGUCAAGGCUGUAGCUACAUGUCAUUCAUUGACUAGAAUUGAAAGCGAACUUUGUGGAGAUCCACUGGACUUGAUUCUGUUCAACAAGACCAACUGGACUAUCGAUGAGUCGCCAACUGACGAUCAGAUCGAAGAAACAGCUUUGUUCGACAUGCUACAGCCUACAGUAAUCAGAUCUCCAAGUGGACAUUUUGGGUCGAACGAACCGGAAACUGAAUUGGCUGUGAUCAGACAGUUCACGUUUAGGUAAUACUUUUUCUUUAGUUUGCUUUUAGAUGUGUUUAGCUAUAAAUAUCUUACUGUAAUAAGCUUGGCCCAUUAAUAUAACUUAUUUAAUAGUUGCUUUUAAAGUAUUUUUAUAAAAAACUUUAAUAAAACAUACUUACUUUCAGUUCGUCUCUACAAAGAAUGGGGGUAAUUUGUCACAAUCCCAACGAGACCGGCCGAUCCAUGCAUUUGUACGUGAAAGGAGCCCCGGAGAUUAUAGCAUCGUUGUGUCGCCCAGAAUCCGUUCCAGCUUCCUAUGACAACAUCGUCAACCAUUAUGCUCAACAUGGCUAUCGUCUGAUCGCUGUAGCUUCACGUCAACUCGACUUGAGCUACGCCAAAGCUCAGAAGGUAAAGCGCGAGAUAAUCGAAUGUGACCUCAAGAUGUUGGGUAUCAUUGUCAUGGAGAACAGAGUAAAGACCCAGACCUGUCCUGUCAUUGGCCAGCUUAACAAGGCUAGAAUAAGAACAGUCAUGGUAACUGGAGACAACGUACUGACGGCAAUGAGUGUAGCCAGAGAAUGCGGAAUCAUCAGACCUCACAAAAGAACGUUUCUCCUUGAACAUGGUGGCACGAUGUCAGAUGGACGAGUGCAUCUGAGUCUACGACAAUCAGUCUCUGCUUCAGAUGACUUGAACGAAUUCGAAGAAUCUUCAGUCAAUGUAGACGUCGAGAAUGGUCAUCUGGUCGACUCCAACUAUCAACUGGCGAUAAGUGGACCAACCUUUGCUGCCAUCUGCGACGACUACCCAGAACUUUUGGACCAACUUAUUUGCGUCUGCGACGUCUACGCAAGAAUGUCACCUGAUCAAAAACAACUUCUGAUCAACACACUUCAGGAGGUCGACUACACCGUGGCCAUGUGUGGAGACGGAGCCAACGACUGUGCUGCUCUGAAGGCUGCUCACGCUGGAAUCUCGUUGUCAGAAGCCGAAGCCUCUAUCGCAGCUCCAUUCACUUCUAAGAUACCCGACAUCAGAUGUGUCCCCAUGGUGAUAAGAGAAGGUCGAGCAGCUCUGGUGACAUCUUUCGGCGUCUUUAAGUACAUGGCCGGUUACUCGUUGACUCAGUUCAUCACCAUCAUGCAGCUCUACUGGCUGAAUACCAACUUGACAGACUUCCAAUUCCUUUAUAUUGAUCUCGGACUAAUUACAUUGGUCGCGUUGUUCUUUGGCUACACUCCGAGUUGUGAGAAGCUAGAUCCAGUGCCUCCACCAACAAGGUUAUUGUCAUUGGCUUCGGCUUUGUCGAUAGUUGGACAGUUGAUGAUCAUCGCUGCUUUUCAGGUAGGUUUACAUCAUUGUUUAAUUUAAAGUUACACUUGAAUAUAUACUUUAAAUUUAUUUUUAAAAAUUCUUUGAUAAAGGUUUGAUCCCGUUUUAACAGAAUUUUUGUAUCUCCUAUAAUAUCAUAUUUGUAGCUGUUUGUGUUCCUCUACACCGCCCUCCAACCCUGGUUCAUACCAUAUGCUAUGCCCAUGGGAUCGGAUGUGGAAGAUCGCCGCUCAAUGCAAGGCACUGCCAUCUUUUGUGUUUCCACCUUCCAGUACAUUACCCUAGCCAUCAUCUACAGCAAAGGACAUCCCUACCGAAAGCCCCUCUUCUCUAACCGACCAAUGUGCCUAUCUCUAAUCGUGUUAUCACUGAUAUCGGCCUGGAUUACUGUUAACCCUCCAGACUUCCUAAUCGACUGGUUGGAAUUCGACCCGAUUCCAUAUUUGGAAAACAGGAUAUUCAUGUUGAUGGUGGCGAUCUUGAGUGGACUGUGUUCGUAUCUGUUCGAGAAUUAUGUGAUAGAACAUAUUAUUCUGGGCGUGAGGGAAAGGUAAGGCUUUACUUUUUUUUGUGAGUUUUUUAUAGUAAUGUUCGUUUUGCAUUAGUUUGGUCAAAAAAGUACGUAGAAUGAUCUUUUGUUUUCUAAUUUGAUACUUUAUUUUAUUCAUUUUCUGUUUUAUUUACUGUUGCACGCGUUGUUGUCCACAUCUUCUCUACUAUCUUUUACUGUCUAUCACAUAAUUUGAGUGUUGUGGUAUUGCUUCUUUCGUUCACAUAAAUAUUAUCAGUCUAUUGUCUACCUUUUUAGGUGUCACACUAGAGAUUCACCUAAGUUAAAAUUUGUUGAGAUAAGAAGACAACAUCAGCUUGAUAACAGUUCAUGCUAUGGCAAAGGUUUCGAUCACGUUAAGAGUAAUUUGUUCCAACUUUGGCCGACAAUAUUACCCACAAACAUACGACGUUCAAAUGGAAAUUUCAUAGAGAGAUUGACACGUUUCUACAGAAGAAUCAUUUUGAAGCCGGUCAAAUAUGUUGUUCCUAGGUUUCUCUACUACCAACGAAGACAUUAUACUAGUAAUUAUUAAUAAAAUAUAACUAUGUUUGAAUUCCCUGAUGUCAUUUUUAACUUAAAAGUCUUUUAUAUUUCAUUCACUACCAUUCUAUGAACAUUUUGACCAAAGAUCUACCUAAAACUCAAAUUCAUUUUUUAAAUCCAUACAUUUAAAAUGAUCACUUGACUAACCAAAUAUUGUUUUAGGCGAAAGAAGCGUCAACUGAUCAUAGCCGACUCCUCGAAUGCUCCACGCUUCGAACGAAUCCUGAACUCAAUUGGAUCCGAACCUCAAUGGAUUCGAAGCCAAACCCUGGCCGGACUCAGAUCAGAACCAUCGCUAUUCACACCAACUCACAAUAAGUUGAGGAGAGUAGAAGCCUUGAAUGCUCAAGAUGAAGAUCGCCGGUCUUUGAGUUCGGGGCUUCUGGUUAUGACUUCAAACAAUGCAGCGGCUUCAGAAAGCAUCGCUUCCGGCCAACAAGACGCCAACUCCCCACAGACUGAUCGAAGCUCAGUAGCCUUGAUCCAGUCUAACGAUACGACACCAAAUUGA